AAUAUAACCGGCGUACUCCAAUCCGCCUUAAAAACUCCAAAUUUUAGUCAUUCCAUAAUCCAUUCCAUUCAUCAAAAACUCAAUAACAAAAAAUCAAAUCCCCAAAUUUUCCCCAAAUUGAAAAAUUAAAAUCAAUUUUUUUUUUCUAAAUUUAUUUUGUCAUAAAAAUGGAAACCAUAAUAAAUAAAUCCCUCCAUCAACGCAUCUCCAUCUCUGUCCUCCUCCUCACCUUCUCUUACUAAAAGACUCUUUCUUUCUCUCUCCUUUGUCUGUAUUUUUUAUGUUACUUUCUCGACAGCUUAAUUAGAAUAUAAAUUAGGGUUUUUCAAUUUUAAUUUUCCCCCUUUUCUCUCUCUCAUUUUCUCACUUUUUCGGAUUCAAUUCAAAUUCAAGCUUUCUUCUUCUUCACAGAUCCAAUGAUCUGAUCAUUUCGAAAUUCGAAAACGAAAGCGUGGCUAAGGUUUUUAUUGAAUGCGUGCGCUGUUCGUGGUAUCAUAUCAUUUAGAGGGUUGUUUGAUAAAUUAGAGAGGAAGUUGAAAUGGUUAAUUAUUGUUGAAUUGAGGCCUAAAAUUUUUGGGGGUUUGUAGAGUUGAUAGUUUAAUUUAGAAAUGGCGAUAGCGGGUUUGCACAAUGUUCCUGUGAUUGAGUCUUCAAUUCUAAGGGAGUCUCAAUCAUCAUCAUCAGGACGAGUUGGAAUUCAAGGGAGUAUAGGCACCCGAGCAUCCUCAAUCCGGCAGAUGUGGCUGGAAUUAGAAGAUGAAUGCGUGGUGAAUCGUGUCCGUGAAAGAGGAAGGGCAAGGUUGCAACAAGAGAGAAAUGAUGCCUUGUCUAAUUGUCAAGAAGGGGAAGGUAGGGGUGGUUUGGAGGAUUCGAGUGAGAGUGAAAAUGGGUCUGUGAUCAACUCUGAGAGCCUCACAGGACCUUUAAAUGAGCAGGAUGAUCGUCAGAGUAUGACAUCGGAGCAAUCUCAAGAUUUUGGCCUUGUUGAAAGGGCACGGGUUAGAAGAAUUUUUCAGGAGUGGAAGAAUAAUGGUGGAGCCGCCCAGGCACCCAAUGUUCCCCACAGGAACCGAGGAUCAAGGUCGCAAUGGCUUGGUGAGGGUGAGCGUGAAAGGGUUCGAGUUGUGAGGGAAUGGAUUCAGAUGACCAGUCAACCGAGAGAAGACCAAGUUUCUGAAGCUGGUUCUCAGAUUGAACAAGUCCGAGAUGGUCAAGUUGUAGAUCAUAAUGAAGGUCAAGUUGAAAAUAUUCGGAGGCCAAUUCGUAGAUUAUGUGGCAGGCAGGCUCUGCUUGAUUUAUUGGCCAAGAAGGAACAGGAAAGACGACAAGAGCUCCAGGGCUUGGAGGUGACUUGUCCUGUUAGCCGAUUUGCUCACCGCAACCGCAUUCAGUCUUUACUUAGGAUUCGGUGUUUCCAGAAUAUGCGGUCAGCUGAGUCAAGGAGGCCCAGUUCCACUGCUGAAAGUGAAUUGGGGUUACUUAGGCAGCGGCAAACUGUGUCAGGUUUGAGGGGAGGUUUUCUAUCCAGAUUGGACAGCUUUCAAGUUCAAGCAAGUGACCUGUCUGGUAGUUCUUUGGAAAACAGUCCUCAUAGUUUUAGAGAUGAUCAAACUCAGGCUAACAGCACAAAUGAGGGCAUUGACAGUACUCAUGUACCAAAUGAUCCUCAGAUUGAGGUCCUUGAUGGUGCUCAAGUACAGAAUGAGUUUGCAAAUGAGAUCCUAGAUGAUGCUCAACAAAAUGAGUCUGCAAAUGAGAUCCUUGCUGGGACUUAUGAACAAAGUGAUGUUGAAGGAAAUGCUGGUGUUGGUCCAUCUGCUGAUGUAAAUCAGUCGAGAGAAGGCAGUGGGCACAUUAAUUUGCAACAAUUGGAAGUUCAAGCUGAAAUGACGCUGGAGCUUGCCUCAGAUGCGGAGAAUAGAUCAGAGACAGUUACUAGUGGGCUUGCUGUAGGUUCUUCAGACGAGGGCUACUUGCUGAUGAAUUCUCAAGAACCUUCAAGAAGCGGAAGCGUAGAAGAAGCCCAUGAAAUAUCUCAUCACUUUAAUACUCACAGAGAAGAUAUUAACUUACUUAGUGAAUUAGAUGAUGAAGUCCAUGUAUCUGAAGAGGUAAAUGGCCAAAAUUCCAGUAUCCAGGUGGAAGACUGGCCAGAACAUGUUACAAUGUAUGAUGAAAGCAGAUGGCAAGGCAGUGUAUUAUCAAACCAAUGGAGAGAUGAUGAUCAACGUGAAAUUGACAGACAACAUUGGCCUGUAGAUGGUGCAGAGCGCUCUCAUGGUGCUUUAGAGAGUGAAGUUAGAGAGCAGAAUGAUGCGCAAGAAGACUAUUGGCAUGAAAGUGGCUCUCAGGAAACUCCAAGAGAUUGGCUUGGAAUGCCUUCUUCUGGGGUGACUUCUGGUAGACUUGAUACAUAUUAUUUCUCUGAUGAUGAUAAUGUUCAUCAUAUGGAGCUAAGAGAACUUGUGAAUAGAAGAAGAGUUUCAAGUCUUCUUCAUAGUGAUUUCCGGGAGAGCCUAGACCAGUUGAUACAGUCUUAUGUGGAAAGACAAACUAACGCUCCUGAUGACUGGGAGCUACAUGAAAUGUCUCCACCUUUCACCAUGCAGAAUCAAGAUCACCUAAGCACAGACCACAGUGAGGAGUCAGGACCUAUUCAUGCUGAGGAAGCCCAACGAGUCCUUCCUAGACCACCACCUCUCCCUCAGGCAAAUUGGGGGCACAAUGGCAAUUGGUCAAGGCGUGAAUCACAACAGCACCCUGGAACUGAGUGGGAGAUCAUUAAUGAUUUGAGGAUUGACAUGGCUAGACUGCAGCAAAGAUUGAAUAACAUGCAAAGAAUGUUGGAGGCCUGCAUGGAUAUGCAACUUGAACUGCAACGUUCUGUGAGACAGGAGGUCUCUGCUGCUCUGAAUCGAUCAGCCAAUCCAUCUGAAUUGCUCGAAAAUGUACUGCCUAAAGAUAGUUUCAAAUGGGAUUGUGUGAGGAAAGGCGUCUGUUGUAUAUGUUCUAACACCAACAUUGACUCUUUAUUGUACAGAUGUGGGCACAUGUGCACUUGUACUAAAUGUGCGGAUCUGCUGGUUCAAGGUGAUGGGAAGUGUCCAAUGUGCCAAGCACCAGUUAUUGAGGUGAUCCGUGCUUAUUUUAUACAAUAGAAUAAAAUGGAGGAUGAAAGUUGGCAAUUCAUGUCAACAUAAUCUUAUUUCAUUUUUUGGGGCAAUUUCUCAGUGCUCAUUCCUCCUGGUUACAAAAAUACUGUGUUUUCUUUCCUUUUUCCACCAUAAUUUCUUUGUAUAUCCUGAAAAUGUUACGACUCUGAUAGAAAUACCCAUUAUUUAAAGGAAAGGAUAAACCACAGGAGCAAAUGGCUUCGUUGAUCAUA